CUUCCCUUUAACUCAGCUGACAUUGUAUGCUAUUUUUUUCCAUCCUAUCCUUGUGCUCUAGCCAUGGCAGGAGAGGGUGGUGGUGUGUGAGGAAGUGGCUCCAGCUCAGAAGACUGAAGAAUGGCCAGGCAGGCAUGUCAUACAUUCUGAGACCCGAGAUACCAUUAAAAUCCAAGAUGCUGGUGUCCACUCACAUGGAAAGAUUCUUACGACGUAUUAACAAGGACCAGUCACCCAGGAUUGCAAGAAUGUGCUCCCUGCCCAUGGCAAGAUACUACACAAUUAAGGAUGCAGAUCAGAAGGCUCUAUACUUAAGAGGUGACCAGCUCCUGGUAGGAGAUCCCAGUGCGGACGACUGCUGUGCAGAGAAGAUCUGCAUACUUCCCAACAGAGGCCUGGACCGCACCAAAGUCCCCAUCUUCCUGGGACUCCAGGGAGGCAGUCGCUGCCUGGCCUGUGUGGAGACAGAAGAGGGGCCUUCCCUGCAGCUGGAGGAUGUGAACAUCGAGGACCUGUACAAGGGUGGUGAGCAGGCCACACGCUUCACCUUCUUCCAGAGAAGCCUGGGCUCAGCCUUCAGGCUUGAGGCUGCUGCCUGGCCUGGCUGGUUCCUCUGUGGCCCAGCUGAGCCCCAGCAACCAGUACGACUUGCCAAGGAAAGUGAGCCAUUGGCCUGCACUGAGUUCUACUUUGAACAGAGUCGGUAGCGAGGCAGGAGGCCGAGUUCCAGGCUGGUGCCCCCAAACCAAGCUCAUCCUGCUGAAGGCAGCAUCCUGCUGAUAGGCAGAAUAAUGCCCCCCUAAAGAUGUCCACGUCCUAAUCCCCAGACUCUGUGAAUAUGUGACCUCCAAGGCAAAAGUGACUUUGCAAAUGUGAUUAAGGUAAGGAUCUUGAGAUGGGAAGACUCCCACAAGGGUCCUCGUAAGAAUGAGGCAGGAGGGUGAGAGUCAGAGGCUGGAAGAUGCUAUGCUAUUAAUCGAAUUUCAAAUGUAGCAGACAGGGCUAUCGGCCAGCGAAUGCAGGCAGUUCCAGAAGCUGGAAAAGGCAAGGGAAGGAUUCUCUCCUAGAGCUUCCAGGAGAAACACAGCUCGGCUGACAGUUGAAUUUUAGUCCAGUGAAACCCAUUUUAGACCUCUGACCUCCAGGACUGUAGAAUAAUAAAUUUGUGUUGUUU